UUUAGUUUGUCAAUGUACUUAUUUCUCAACUAAAAUAUUAAAUCAAUUAGUUACUUAGCACUCUAAGCGCAAAGUUAAAAAACUUCUCUUAUAUACCUAAGUAUUUAAAAAAAAGCAAGCAAAAAUGAAUACUGGUUAUCGAAAUUUGCUCCGCAGGUUUUGUCUUGAAACUUCAAUAUCGGGAUUAAAAUAUUUUUACAUAUAUCCAGACAGAGUAUCAAGAUGCUUUUGGGCUAUAACCAUGCUGACAAUGAUGUACGUCUCAUGCAUACUCACUUGGCUCCUCUACAACCGUUUUACAGAAAUUCCCACUAGAAUAACCAUAGAGAAUCAAUAUGAACCACUGGAGGGCAUGCCGUUUCCCGCCAUCACUUUAUGCUCGCCCAACCAGAUCACCAUCAGUUCUAUGAUGCACUUUAACAGGACCCUUGUCGAUGGAAAUCUAACACUGGACCUAGAAAAAGUGCUCCCUCGACUGCAAGGGUUUUACGCUCCUCUGUUUCUAGAGGAGAACGACACCUUGGAUCGCCUUCAGUCGCUCAUAGAAAUCAAUCGAUAUACAAUAACAGAAGUGAUGUAUUCCCUGCCCCAACGAUGCGAAGACUUUCUACGCAUGUGCGUGAUGGGACUACGGGUGUAUCCGAACUGCCGGGGCCUGAUGCGGCCCGUGCUGACCGCGCACGGCCUGUGCUGCAUCUUCAACAGCGUGUACCACUUCAGAAACAACCACAGGAACGAAAAGGACCCGAGCCUCGUAACCUGGAAAGUGAAGUCGAUGUCGUCGAUAAUCUUAGGAACCUUGACCGUGGUCACCGACUACAGCCCGACAGACGCUCUCGACCGUAGCAUACUCAACGCGGGUUCAGUUCGGGUGAUGUUCAACGAUCCGUAUGAGUUCCCUUCAGACGACGAGAUGAAGAUGCUGCAGCCGCAAUCACAAACGUUCCAUGUGAUCCACGCCACCUACACCUACUGCUCCGAGGAGGUGCAGCAGCUACCAUCAUGGAGCCGUAAAUGUUACUUUCAAGACGAGUACAAACAGCGCUUCUUCGGCGACUAUCACAACUCCGACUGCGAUCUACUGUGCUCCGUGAUGGCUGUGGAGAAGGAGUGUAAAUGUCUGCUGUUCUACGUGCCCUAUGUCUUUGCAAGCCGCGCGUGCAACGUCUCCAGUAUCCCCUGCAUCUUGAAGGUUAAGUUACAUAUGUACCACUACGUGUCUCCGGAGGAGUGCGAGUGUCCGCGAGACUGUGACCACCGCCGGUACCGCAUAGACUCCACCAUCGGAAACCUCCGAGGCCUGAACUACAUCUACAACUAUCCCUAUUCGAACCUGGUAAACAACGAGAGCACCUCCAUCAUGCACUUCUUCUUCAAGAGUCCGGCGUACGUCAAGCAGAAACAGGAGACUGUUAUGUCGCUCAUCACUCUCACCUCAAAUCUGGGAGGUGUGUUCGGGCUGUGUAUGGGCUGCAGUGCAAUCAGCGUCCUCGAGAUUUUGUUCUUCUUGUACAUCGUGAUCAGAAACUAUUUUCGUCACCGAAGGCAAUAUCCUGUCUAUCCAGUUAUUAACUGAAUUUCGGUAUUUGUAAAUGAAUUGUAUGUGCUUUGGCACUGAAGCAAAAAAGUUUGAAGUUACUGGAAAAAAAUGAAUAACAUUAGCAAAGAUAUUUUUGCUAAUGUUAUUUUUUUUUAUAUUGGCAUAUUUUACAUUUGAAGCAUAUGCUUCUAAUGUAAAAUAUGCAUCAUAUAAAAUAUAUAUCAUAACUUAAUAAGCUUCAUUUUUCAAGUAACGUUGUAGCCUUGUAAGGAUUAAAUUAAAAUAAAUGAAAACUCGUUUUUCAGGUGUAUGUAACAAAUUUAUAUUUUCUGAUUUACAUAUAUAUAUAUAUAAUUUCACUAUAAUCUGGAGAUAAUUUUCAAUAUUUUUAUCAAACAUAUUGCUUUACUAAUUUUCAUGAAAAAAUACAAAAGUAUUCUACAAUUGCGUUAAGAAAAAUCCACUAGAAAAAAUUACAUCUCUCUUAUUUGCUACAAGUUUCAUAUUAUGCGUAAUAUUUCGAAUGCUUAAUACAUUUAUAUAAAAUGUAAUUUAUAUAUAAACACAGGCACAGACAAGUGCUAGCACGAGUCUCAUCGAGUGAUGGUUCAACAUAUUUCUAAAUAAAUACUUCGCUCCUCGCCGAUAAUACUUCAAAGUAAAUGAAGACUAAAUUAAAUCUAAAAAUAACAAAUCAAUUUUUGGCUUAGAUUUUAAUUACAUCUACGAUAAAGCAUAUAAAGUAAUAAUUUGGUCUAAGUUAUGAAUAUUAUAAUUAAAGGUUAAGUGCCCUUAAAUUAAUUAUUACCUUAAUUAAUAAAAUUCCAGUGGUCGUAUUGCUCGACCGUCGAACUCAUGCCAAAGUAAAAGUUAUAUUGUCUCAGAGUAUUCUAAAAAACAUUUAUUCUAACAUGCUUCUAAAACGUGCAGAAUUACAGAAUAUUUGUGUCCUAAUAUGGCCUGGACAUCGACCACAGACAUCGGCAUGAGUUUCACAACAUGAAACACAUCACUGGACGUAUCACAUAAAUCACUUAACGUAAGGCUACAUUACCAGUAGGUACCUAACCAAUGGAACGGUACGACGUUACAUCAACAUUGAGCUAACUUAAAUACAAUAUAUUAAUUAUAUUCUUUAAGUAAUAUUGCUGUUAGUUUAUGGUUAACUAAAUAUUUCGUACUCGUAAUUAUUGUAUCUGAGAGUAGACGUAGGCAAUGGCACAAAGUUUAUUAUGACAAGAUACUGGAGGAUCAUGCGUCGGUGCCGAUCUACGUAAUCUAAAGCGCAAACGAUCCCUGAAACGCUCCAAAUAAAACUCUGUUUUAUUUCAUUACAAUUAUUAUUCGUAUAAAAAUAGACAAAUUGACUCGUAUAGGCCGGGGCCGUCUAAUAAAUAGAAAGCGCAUAGUGAGCAAGUAGUUACCUAAGUCACAAUAAAUAAGAUAGAAAAUCGUCCAUAGAAAGAGAAAGGAAUAGUCUUUAGAAUUUUUAGUGUCGAACUAUGUUCGGGCGCGUUAGACGCGGGCCUCGUGCGAGGUGGAGGGUAUCGUCUACUGAUGUCCGAAUCUGGAUAAGACAAACUUAUUUUUCGAAACGCCAGCUUCUGCAAAUAUUCAGAUUAUAUAAAUGAUCGAUUAUUGUUUGAUUGAUAAUUUUU